GCGGCGGCGGUGCCGGUCCCGCUCCCGGCGGGGCCCCGCUCCCGGCGCGGCGGCGGCAGGUGCCCGGACAUGCGGCGGCGGUAGGACGCGCGGCGGCGAUGGGCGGCCGGCGGCUGCCGGUGCCGCUGCUGCUGGGGCUGCCGCUGCUGCUGGGGCUGCCGGCGGCGGGGCGCGCCGCCUCCAAGGCGCUGGUGUGCCAGGAGAUCACGGUGCCAAUGUGCAAGGGCAUCGGCUACAACCUCACCUACAUGCCCAACCAGUUCAACCACGACACGCAGGACGAGGCCGGGCUGGAGGUGCACCAGUUCUGGCCGCUGGUGGAGAUCCAGUGCUCCCCGGACCUGCGCUUCUUCCUCUGCAGCAUGUACACCCCCAUCUGCCUGUCCGACUACACCAAGCCGCUGCCUCCCUGCCGCUCCGUCUGCGAGCGGGCCAAGGCCGGCUGCUCGCCCAUCAUGCAGCAGUACGGCUUCGCCUGGCCCGAGAGGAUGAGCUGCGACAGCCUGCCUGUUCUGGGGGACUCCGAGGUGCUCUGCAUGGGAUACAACCACACGGAAGCCACCACCCUGCCACCUUUCUUCGGGAAGCCCACGCGCCCUGCCAAGGAUGUGGCCAAAAACCUGACACCGCUCGAUGGGCAGCGGCCCUCGGGGCUGGACUGUGGUCAGACUUGCAAGUGCAAAGCGCCCCUGAUCCCCAUCUCCAAGGAGUCCCAUCCGCUGUACAACCGCAUCAGGACUGGGAAGGUACUGAACUGUGCCAUCCCCUGCUACCAGCCCUACUUUACCCAGGAUGAGAAGACCUUCGCCACCUUCUGGAUCGGCCUCUGGUCCAUCCUCUGCUUCCUCUCCACCUCUACCACUGUGGCCACCUUCCUUAUUGACAUGGAGCGCUUCAAGUACCCUGAGCGCCCCAUCAUCUUUCUCUCUGCUUGCUACCUCUUCGUCUCUGUGGGCUACAUCGUGCGUCUGGUGGCAGGGCAUGCCAACGUGGCUUGCAACCCGGAGCACCACCACAUCCAUUAUGAGACCACGGGCCCUGCUCUCUGCACCGUGGUUUUCCUUCUCCUCUACUUUUUCGGCAUGGCCAGCUCCAUCUGGUGGGUCAUCCUGUCCCUCACCUGGUUCCUGGCAGCUGGCAUGAAGUGGGGCAAUGAGGCCAUUGCUGGCUACUCACAGUACUUCCACCUGGCUGCCUGGCUCAUCCCCAGCGCCAAAUCCAUUGCUGUACUGGCACUCAGCUCCGUGGAUGGUGACCCGGUGGCUGGGGUUUGCUAUGUGGGCAACCAGAGCCUGGAGAACCUGCGGGGCUUUGUGUUGGCACCACUAGUGGUUUAUCUCUUCACUGGCAGCCUCUUCCUGCUGGCUGGUUUUGUCUCACUCUUCCGCAUCCGCAGUGUGAUCAAGCAGGGCGGCACCAAAACUGACAAGCUGGAGAAGCUGAUGAUCCGCAUCGGCAUCUUCACCGUGCUCUACACUGUGCCCGCCACCAUCGUCAUCGCCUGUUACAUCUACGAGCAGCACAACCGGGAGGCGUGGGAGCAGGCGCAGAACUGCUCCUGCCCAGGGGACCCUCACCGCCCCAAGCCUGACUAUGCCGUCUUCAUGCUCAAGUACUUCAUGUGCCUUGUGGUGGGCAUCACCUCCGGUGUUUGGAUCUGGUCUGGGAAGACACUCGAGUCCUGGAGGCGCUUCACUGCCCGGUGCUGCCGGGCUAGAAAGCCUGUGGGCGCCUCUGUGUAUGGUGAGGCCAGCCCGGCGCUGGCGGGCAGGACGGUGCUGCCCAGCAUGGCCUCCUACCACAAGCAGGUCCCACUGUCCCAUGUGUGACCGGAGGGAGCCUCAGUGACCCCAGCCACAGGGAGGAGAGGGUUGCAAAGACCCUGGGCCACAGGAGAGGGAGUGAGAGCUGGGCCAGCCCUGGCACCCUCGGCUCCACUGUGGCAGUGCUGCCUGGGACCAAGUGUGUGCGCCCACGGGUCACGGAGCAGCUGCGGCCCCAGGCAGGGCAGGGAGAGGUGCUGCCAGUGAUGUGGGGGCAGAGGGACAGGGACGCCUGGAGCCUGGCACUGCCAUGUACACUCCAUUUGGGAGUCCAACACCCUGGCUAGGGUCCUGGGGUGCUGCUGCCUGUGGGCCAGUCUGGUGGCAGGUAUCCCUCGAGCAUUAAUUUGUAUCCCACGACAAGCCUCUGGGCAGGUCUUGCUGGUGCCAGGCUGAGGGGCAGAGCUGCAGCAGGCAGGGUGGAUGGUGGCCCCUGACCCCAGGUGGUGCUGGCACUGGCACUGAGCCGCUCACCAGAGCCUGGAGGGUGUGAGGGGGUUGGGGAGAGCCGGCAGGGGGGCUGUCUCCCUGGGCCCCCAGAGUGGUGCCCCCAGGACCCCCGGAGCCCCCAGGCAAAGCUGUGUACUGCAGAGGAGAGGGCUGAGGGCCCCUGGCGUGAGGCAGCCGCUGGCCCCGCCCGGGCAGCAGCUCAGGCUGAGCGGGAGGGAAGGAGCUGCGCGGGCCGGGGGCUUCACAGGUGGUGGCGGUGCAGGAGGAAGGGGCCGUGGAGAGGAUCUGUCACGCAGCCCUCAAGGCAGGCAGGGACAGGGUCCCAGCUGUCUGCAGUGCAGGCGGGGACCAGGGGACCCCCAUGGUCCCUUCUGCCCUGGGCAAGCAUGUACCAGCUCCCCUCCAUGCAAGGGGCUCAGGGCCGGGCAGGAGCUGGUGCUGGUGGGGCUCAGCUCCGCGGAAGCGACUCCCUGCUCAUCCCUUGUGAUGGGCAGCUCCACUGCCCAUGGAGCAGCCCCGGAGAGCCGUGGGGCUGCGCGGGUGAUGAGGUUGCUGUCCCAGCACAGGGCUCACAAGGAGCCCUGGGCAGCACCAGCUCUGGCUCCAAGAGCAGCAUUCUCCUGAGCUGCCGUGUGCUCUGGGAAGGGGCUGGUGCUGCUCCGCACCUCUCGCCUCUGCAGUGGGAUGAGUUUCUCAUGUCUCCCUCAUGCUGUGUGGGUUACCUGGGGCAAGGUGAGCAGGCCUGGUGCCCUGCCUACCAGCUUGCCGGCUGUGGCAUGUGGCACAGCAGCUGAGCGUGGCACAACCAACCCUAAAAGGGGAGUUGCAUCCCUGCAGAGAGUAGUGUCUGCACGGGGCGUGUGUCUGAGCCAGGCUGUGUCUCCUGAGCAGCAGCUGGGGUUUUCCAGCCAGUCGGCUUCAAUACUUCUUGCUCCUUUUUUCAAAGCUGUGCGUCUGCCAGAAACAGUGCCAGGUUUGAGAGUGUGCAGUUAAUUUGGGAAAAUUUAGCUAAACGCUUGUGCUUCUUUACUUCCAACUUCCCAAGCCUUCUUCCCUUCCCCAGAUCAGGCAGCAGCUGAGCACUGACAGAACCAGUGCCUGGCAUGAAGCAGUGGUGACAGCUGGGUGUCGAUAAGUAGAAUAAUGGCAGGGGGGCCCUGUUGUCAAUGUCACCGAACAGAGCAAGGGCAAGGGGCUCCAGCUGUGACAUGGGAUGAGGCACAGCUGGCAAGAAGUGGCUGCUUCUGGCUUCAGGCCACUUGGGAAAGCACCCCGUUUUUAACUUAUUUCUUUUUUCCCUGCCCUAAGUAGUGUGUAACCGUCCAGCCAUUACUCAAAUCCUUUUUGCCCUCCUUCAAGCAUGGCACUGUGACCCGGCUGCUCAAGCACUGGAGAACAACUGCUGGCUUUGCUCCCACGGGACUGCAAGGAUCUGAGGCUGUUCUGAACACCCUUGGACCAUUUCAGUCAAAAAGGUUUCCACCUCACUUUAAAACCAAAGCCUGAGAAGUGAGGAGACACUCAAGUGGCACAUCUCUUGAUAAAGGUACUGCCAAGGUACCACAUGAGUGUCUCUGUGGCUUCCAGGCCAGAGGAGCCAACAGUGCAGGGACUGAAGGCACAGCAGGGACUGUUCAGCCGCACAUAUCUGCACUCUUGCGACAGGGCUCGCUCCCUCCAAUGUGUUGCAGUACUUUAUCGCAGGCAGAAUUGCACCAUGUUGUGAUACAGACUGUAAAUUUUUGUAUUAUAGCCCAGCUUGUACAUACAGGAGCUGUAGUGACCUUUGAUACGGGUUAGGGACAGGUGUGUUCUCAGCAGUGAGGCAGGUCAGGUACAGAGACACUGUGGAUAGUCUCGUGUUGUAAUCCAGGGCAUUAAAUGAUUCCAACCUGCUCCAGUCCACCUUGCUGGACUCCUCUCUUUCUAUAGUGCCUUUUGUAGAUACAGCUAAACACACAUCAUGCAAUACAAUGAACAAAACCAUGUCAAAGGUGGUAUUUCGUUGUUUUUGUUUUUUUCCAAAGUGCAACUGACUGUGUAAAGAAAUCCAAGAUUAGCUACAAACUGUUGCCUGUUGAAAAAUGCAAGAGCAUUUCAGUUUGAUCCUUUGGUAGGGUAAUACAAACUCUUGUCCCAGUUGCUGGCUUCUCAGCAACAAGUGGCAGGAGUGGGGAAGGAGCUGUUGCUGUGUGCCCUGUCUGCUGUAGCCAAUUUACAUGUCGGGUUUUGCCUCUUUCGUUACUGAUGCUUUUCAGUGUCUAAAUUACUGUACUAUAUUUUGUGAAAAACUGAAGAAAUUUUAUUCAAAGAGAAGUAUCAAGAUUAGUUAUUUAUGAGGACAAAAAAAAUCAGUGUGUGUUGUUUUCUUUUCUUUUGCUUCUGUUAGAAUAUUAAUGACCUUAAAAACUUAGCUGUGGGGGGGACUGGGAGGCAUGUGGUGCAGGGGCUGUGCAGGGUUCUUAUUACUGGGGAUCGUGGGGAACUGGUGAGGCAACUACACUUGCGUGGCACAGGAAUAGCAUGUUCCAUGUGCACAAACCCCACGCACGGCUGCCCUUGGCACAGAGGAUGUCACACACCCGUGCCCUCAGCACUGGCAUGCUGUGGCCCACCAUGGCACCAAGGUCCCAGCCUGGAUCUGCACUGAGCCGGGCUCAUCCCCAGGGGGGCUGUGCUGUUGGCUGUGCCCAUGACCUCGCCGACAGCACCUUUCCCUGACAGGCCAAGGUCACACCUCGCUGGUAAAAGAGGGUUAACUAUCAACUUUUAUUGGCGUUCUGCAGUUUGCACAGUAUCAGUCCCUCGCCCUGUGCUGAGAUCAGGCCCUGAAGAGGUGCCCUUUGAUACUCUUCAGGCCAAGCAGAUGACAGUUCUUAGCCAAGCAGGAUGCUGUGUGCCAAUUUGGGUGUUCUUGUUGCCAUCUGCUGUGCAAUCCCUCCUGUUGGGAGGAGCACUUUAGGAGUGAGAGCAAGGGGUUAAGGCUGGCUCCACAGUGACUAAUGGUGCAGGACUCUGCUAUCUAGUUAGGUGUGUAGGCACACACCAGGUCCCACUAGAUAGGAUCUCUUAUUGGAAGCAGCCCCACAGCUUGACUCACCUGAUUCCUCAGGGAUCUGCCCCCCCUGUGCUCAAGUGCAGGCAAAACACACUGUUGAGGCUAAUCCUAUCACUUGAAGGGCAACAGUUUUGGGGUGUAGAGGGGACAUGCCCCAUUUCAGCAUCAGAUUCUUCCCAACAUGUUGUGGACACUUGCUGCCUGCUUCCAUUUCCUUGCUGGCAGCCUUGUCAUUGCUGCCUCCCAGGAAGCUGUUGUGUCCUCAGCUCCCCAGUAAACAGGAGUUUGGCAGCGCUGCCAUGCACCGCCUACCUUAAGCCAUGGUUUCCCAGCAAGGGAAGGGCCUUUCCUGUAGGGAGCCGUGUGACUCACCUGCAGGGCUCUGUUCCUGUGAGCACCUGCGUGAUUGAACACAGCCCAGCCUAAUGUCUGUGCUGCCGUGUCUCUCCUGUGCUUUCCAUGUUCCACUUGGUCAACUUAGGCCAGCCUCGAGACAGUCACUGCCUUCCUCAUGGUUCAGCAGUGCAAAUGUAGCACAAUUUCAGGCUGGGAUGGCAUGGGGACCACGUGGCUUUUCAAAUAGGUUUUAAUAUUAUAAAGCAGAAGCCCAAGUAGUUAUUUCACCUAGAAAAUGCCUUGUCCAUGAAGGCAGCCUGACUUCUCUAAUUCUAAAACAAACAGGCCCAUGCUCAGCCAGGUAAGUGCUCUUUUGCUAGCUAGUCAGUUGAGAGGGGGUAGGUGUGAGUGAGUGCACUACAGUCACUUCGGCAGCACCCUGUAAUUCACUUUAUGUUGUCAAACAACUUAUUUGGUGCAAGUGUAGUUUUCCCAGAUAACAAUAUGGAAUGCCAGUCCUGUGUAAUGCUCUUGCACUACUGUGCUGUGGGAAAUCUGAGUUCAGGACAGGGGCUGCAGCCUGUCCAGUGCUGAGCUCUGAACUCAGUAGUUCACCUUGCCCCGGGCAUGCCUGCCAACCCCUUGUGCAAGCUCUUGCCUCAAUUGCUCUUCUGUCCUCUUCUGCUUGCUCAGGUUAUGCUUGAUGCCUCUACUCUUAUCCAGAAGCAAUGGUCUUGACAUUUAUUCCCUCCCUCAAGUGCCUGUCCUCUUAAUUGCCAAACCCAUGGUGAAGUAGUUCUCAUAAAAUUCCCUUGGAAACAAAAUACACAGUCCCUGUACACAAAGGGAAAGGGCUGCUGAAGCCCAAGGGCAUCAUGCAGCCCACAAACACCUCC